AUGGUGUCUUUUUCUUGUGAAGUCUGUAACGAUACUGUGAUAAAAAAGAAACUUGAGCAGCACACCACAGUAUGCUACGGUGCCUAUUUCACUUGCAUUGAUUGUUCUACAACAUUUGAAGGUAACACUUUUAGAUCUCAUAGUAGCUGUAUAAGUGAAUCUGAAAAAUAUGAAAAGGGUUUAUUCAGGGGCAAGAAGUAUAUGCCCUAUCACCAAACACUUCAAAGUUCUGGGAAGAGUAUCAUUCCAAAUACUCAAGCAAAAAAGCUGAAGUCAAGCGAGGAUAACAAGGACUUUCAACCCUCCUCAAGUAAUACCAUAUCUUCCAAGAUUAAAAAUUCAAAAUACCACGGAAAGGAAAUCCUUGAUAUUAAUAUUGGAAAUUAUAUUACGAAGAGGCAACCUUUGAACAAAUUUCUAAAAAAAAUUGCCAAGGAAACCAAACAAGAUAAGAAAAAAGUCUUAAGCAGUAUCUACAUUUGGAAAGAUGAUAAUGGAAGGGUUUUAAUAGACUAA